GCAAGAUGGAGGCAGUGAAGUCUUUGGCUUGAUAUACAAGACAUUGAAGUCCUAUAUCCUUCAGAAUAUUAUUUAUGCUGGUGCUGGAGAAUAAGUUGUAUUCUUCCCAUACAACUGCAAAAAAGGUGGCAGUUCUCUCCAAGACCAAGCCUUUUCCUCUUUGAAUUAGCGGUUCUACAUUCUUUACAAUGCCUCUUCAGUCAGACAUCCUCCGUGAAGUAUGGGCAUCUGAAGGUGCAAAUGAGGAAUCUGCACCUCCGAAACUUAAACAGAAGCUGAGGAAGAAAUUGAAAGACACUACACUGGAGGCAAAGCCUAAAAAAUCCAGAGUGAAAAAGCAGGAAAAAUCAAGCACUGCAGAAGAAGCCAAUAAUGCUUCAGUUACUACUCUUGUCAGAAAUGUAAAAAAAACUAAAAAGGAGAAGCCACGAGAACAGGAUGAGAAAGUUACAUACGCCAGAUUAAUUAAGGAUCCCAAAAAAGAGAAGGAAACCUCUUCUUCUCGCUCCAGCAUCAGCAAGACACCAAAAAAGAAACACGAAGAGUCUGAUGAUGAAGAUGAGGAGGAGGAGGAGGAAGAGUGGGAGGAAGAGGAGGAAUCUGAAAUUGAAGAGCCACCAAAAAUGCCCAAAAGAAAGCUCGUCAAAGCUACUUCAUUGGACAAAAGUAAAGUGAGGAAGGCCAAAAGUAAAGGAAACAAGACGGAAGCUGGUAUCAAGGCAGCAACUACAAAGACUCUGAAAAAAGACUCAACCUCUGUCUUCCACGUGAAUGAGGAUAACAAAGGCAAACGUGUCAAAAGCAAAGUGCUAAAAAAUAGCGACACAGAAGAUGAUUCCAGUUCCAAUGCCAAGUCAACCAAAUCGGCGAAAAAGAAGAGUGCGGCGUCCAUGUUUCAGACUGGAGGAGAAGGCCUCAAGGAGAAGAAAGCUAAAAAGAAGGUUCCUGCCAAAACCAUGGAAAAUGAAAGCAAGGAAGAGGUAGUCCAUAAGAACUCCAACCGGAAAGGGAAAGUCAAGAAAUCCAAAAAGAAAGAAGAAAGGCCACCUUCUCCAGUCAUUGAAGAGGACAAUCUUGAGGAAUUUGUGCUGCAGCCAGCUCCUCAUGGAAUGACCAUCAAGUGUCGUCUCACUCGAGACAAAAGAGGAAUGGAUCGUGGUCUCUACCCUACCUAUUACCUUCAUCUUGAUAAUGACAAAAAGAUCUUCUUGUUGGCUGGUCGAAAACGUAAAAAGAGCAAGACAUCUAAUUAUCUGAUUUCCACUGAUCCUACUGACUUGAGCAGAGAUGGGGAGAACUUCAUUGGAAAGCUAAGAUCCAAUUUAAUGGGUACUCGAUUCUCAGUGUUUGACAACGGUGUAAAUCCAGACAGAGCAAAUGCUGACUGGUCCAAUGUACGCCAGGAGCUUGCAGCUGUUAUUUAUGAGACAAAUGUAUUAGGUUUCAAAGGACCUCGAAAAAUGACAGUGGUCAUUCCUGGAAUGAAUUCUGAUAAUGAAAGGGUGCCAAUCCGUCCCCGAAAUGAUAAUGAUGGGUUACUCAUGAGAUGGCAGAAUAAGAUAAUGGACAGCUUAAUUGAGCUGCAUAACAAAGCCCCUGUAUGGAACGAUGAAACUCAGUCUUAUGUGCUGAACUUCCAUGGAAGAGUUACACAUGCCUCGGUUAAGAACUUCCAGAUUGUGCACAGUGAUGACCCUGAAUACAUUGUCUUGCAGUUUGGCCGAGUGGCUGAUGAUGUUUUUACCAUGGACUACAAUUACCCACUUUGUGCUGUGCAGGCUUUUGCCAUUGCCCUCUCAAGCUUUGAUGGGAAACUGGCCUGUGAAUAGCAUGUCUACAAUGCCAUCAUGCCAAGCUUCAAUGACAUUUCCUCAGCCAGGGAACAGACAUGCUCAUGUCUUCAAAUUAGUACUACUGCUCUUCCAGAACAUUCCUGAGCAUUACCUUAUCAUUCUGAAGAAGGUGAUUUGAAAAGGUUGCAAAUUAUCACCUUAACUUAUUAGUAACAAAUAUGUCUGGCCCAAACUUGCUUGGCAGGAUCCAGUUCCACCCUGUUUCUCAGCAUGCCCAGCAAUUAAGGUUAAUCUGUAUGACCAGGUUGUCCUACUAACCAUUUCUCUGAUGGCAACUUCUAUCCACCCCCAGCCCACCAGGAAGACCGAUUCUACCCUCCUUUCCUGUCAUGAACUAAAAAUGAUGUUUUUCCUAAUGCCGUGCUUCAUUUCUAUAUAGAGAAAGAUCUCCACUCCAAUUAGCUAUCAUGAACAACGGUGGGGAAACUUUUUCCUUCCAGUCAUUCCCUUCCCUUCCAGUUGGCAUUUUGUUAUGGAAUCAACUCUUGGUUGAUCUGAAUAAAGCAGACCCUGCACUCGUGGGAAAAUACUAGGAAAAAAAGGAAAAGCCAGAAUGCCUGACAUCUUAUGAAUGGAUCUCAGUUGAUGAACUUGUUUGCUUCUUGGUUUCACCAGUGGACCCGCGAAGUGGUGAACUUUUUCAGGUUUGCUUUAGAUUUUUUGUGCCUACCACUUCCUCUAGUUUCCACUUUGUUCACCUGCCUCCUUGUGUUGUAAUUGCAUCUCAACAAUUUGGUGGAAAAAAACCAAAACCAAGAGGAAGUGACCCUUGUUGCUACAAUAAUAAUAAUAAAAAAAAACAACAGUUAGUUGAUUGUUUCACUGAUCAAAAGUGAAAGGUUCAACUUUUUUUAAGUUCAUUGACUGAGCCAUGAAAAAUGGUUGGUCCUUCCUUCCUUCCUUCCUUCCUUCCUUCCUUCCUUCCUUCCUUCCCCACUGAUGGAUGUACCAGUCAGAAACCUAUCAAGUACGAAGAGAGUCCACCAAGGGGACUUCAUACAAAAAUUCUAACAAAGGAAACCACUGUUCUCAAAGACUCAUCCACAGAAGAGAAGGAUGUUGGUACUUGCUUUCCAAGUAUGAAAAAGAAGACCGUGUGUGUGGGUGUGUCCGUGGGUCCACCAAGUAGGAGCUGUGGUAAGCAAAACCUAAUCAGAAACUCAGACCAUUGCCAUGGCCAAAGCAGAGAAGAAAAUUGAAGUUCAGAAAGGGAGUUCUUAUCCAGCUUCAUUUCUAGCCUAUUUAUACACAGAAUCUUAAGCCUGCAGCAUGAAAAUACUGUAACUGAAUAUAUUAGAAAUAUUUUUAUUUUUAUUUAGUGUUCCUUGAGAAAUCUCUUGAUCCUACAGGAAGCUCAGAGAGUAUUUUGAUCAGAAACUACUCUAGUAGUCAUUACUGGACCCAUGAGAAUGUAUGAUUUGGCUAAGAGAAUUUAGACGAAAUUGGUAAUUAUUCGUCAAAUAUCUUCAAUAUUCUGUGAAUAUUAUUUCUUUAACUGGAUAUUCCUGAAUUUAUUUGAAUGGUAAUUUCAACUCUAUCCAUUAGUAUCAUUUCCCCAUAGUAUCAUUGUCAGGGUGUUAACAUCCACUUUUUAAAAAAACCAGUCUGCUAUCUUUAUUAUCAAUGUUAUACUGUAAUUUUAAACAAGUUAGGACCAAGCUACUUCUAUACAAAGAUAAUACUGGGAAGGAAGGAAGGAAGGAAGGAAGGAAGGAAGGAAGGAAGGAAG